AUUAAUUUAAAGUAUGGUAUAAAAGGAGAUAGACUUGAAACUUCCCGUGAAACUUGCACAGCUUGUGCAGGUUCGAUAAUCUUAGAAAUGGCAGCUCUUUCACGAUUAACAGGAGAACCAAUUUUCGAAGAAAAAGCCCAUCGGGCGAUGGAUGAAUUAUGGAAGAUGCGACAUAGAAGCUCCGAUUUAAUGGGAACAGUUCUAAACGUACACUCAGGUGAUUGGAUUCGAAGGGAUUCAGGCGUUGGGGCCGGAAUCGACUCAUACUACGAGUACUGUUUGAAAGCUUACAUUUUACUCGGCGAUGAUCGUUAUUUAAACCGUUUCAAUCGCCAUUAUAACGCCGUUAUGAAAUACAUUUCUCAAGGUCCAAUGUUAUUAGACGUACACAUGCAUCGACCACAUACGAAUUCAAGAAAUUACAUGGAUGCCUUAUUAGCAUUUUGGCCCGGAUUGCAAGUUUUAAAGGGCGACAUAAAACCGGCGGUUGAAACCCACGAGAUGUUAUACCAAGUGAUGCAGCGGCAUAAAUUUAUUCCGGAAGCGUUUACGACUGAUUUUCAAGUACACUGGGGUAAUCAUCCGUUAAGACCCGAAUUUUUAGAGUCAACAUACUUUUUGUACACAGCAACAAACGAUCCUUAUUACCUCGAAGUUGGUCGAAACGUUUUAAAAAGUUUACAAAAAUACGCUCGAGUUCCUUGUGGUUACGCCGCUGUGAACGAUGUUCGUACAGGAAGGCAGGAAGAUCGUAUGGAUUCGUUUGUAUUGGCCGAAACGUUAAAAUAUCUAUAUUUGUUAUUCGCCGAUCGGGAGGAUUUAAUUUUGAAUUUGGACGAGUUUAUUUUUACGACUGAGGGGCACUUGUUACCGUUGAGUUUAUCUAGUUAUAAAAAUAAUACUCUAAUCGAAGAGGAAACUGAAGAUUAUUAUUACGAAUACGCUAGAAUAUGCCCGAAUUCUUUGACGUUAUUCCCCGAAUCGGUGAGGAAACCUUUAAGGAAUAUGGUCGAUGGGAUGUGUCCUAGAAGAAUUGGGAAACGAAGACUUACGGCUGCCGAAUUUAGUGCUUCUAAUAUGAAUCAUUUGAAGGUGAUUAAAGAUAUGGGGAUUAGUAUUAUUGCGUUAAAUGAUGGAAGGGUGCAGUUAUUACAUACUUUUUCAGCGGUAAGUUAAAUCACAAUUUUUUUUUAUUAAAAACUUAAAAAAUAAC